AUUAGAAAACAUCUUUACUGAAUUUUCCAAUAGGAAAAGACCUGUGAUCGUACCAACAUGAGAAAGACGAAAAGAGGAAAUGAGCCAUUUUCACUCAGACUUAUAGGAAAAGAAGACUGCCCUGCCUGAAUUUCUACUGUCGUCUUCUUUCUAGUUUUUCCCACGUUAGUUUAGAUCGCCAAUUCUCUUAUACAGUUGCUAAUUCACACGUUUGCAGAUAAGGCAUCGAUAGAUUGCGUAAAGUCGUAAACCCGACCAAUUUUUAGAGAUUAGUUUUUCGUGAUGUCUCUUUCCUCUUCACCCGAACUACCAUCAUCGGCAACGAUGACGACGCUGGCAGCGUCAGCGGUGCAGGAGGAAAAUCAGAAGGUAGAAGAGCCCGAACGGGCGCAGUCCGUGACAAAGGAGAAAGAAAUGAUCCACAAAACUAAGGCCAUUCAGUUUCUGGGCCGAACAACUCCCAUCAUUCUCCAGAAUGACAAUGGCCCGUGCCCUCUUCUUUCUAUCUGCAAUGUAUUGCUGUUGAAGAACAACAUUAGUUUGGGCCCUGAUGUCGCCAAGGUUUCACAGGAAAAACUGCUCUCUCUUGUUGCAGAGCGCCUUAUAGAUUCAAACAGUAAUAUAAAUAACAAAGAUGCAGGAUAUAUUGAGAAUCAACAGCAGAACAUUGCGGAUGCAAUUGAUUUGCUUCCCAGGCUUACCACUGGAAUUGAUGUAAAUUUAAAAUUCACGAGAAUUGAUGACUUUGAGUUCACUCGUGAAUGUGCAAUUUUUGAUUUGUUGGAUAUCCCACUCUAUCAUGGUUGGAUAGUUGAUCCUCAGGAUCAAGAAACUGCAAAUGCAAUAGGAUUGAAGUCAUAUAACUCUCUGAUGGGGGAGCUUGUUGCUCUUGAAACAGAACAUAUCAAGGGAAACGGACAUAAGGAAAGUGCCGAAGAUGAUGUCAUUGAUUUCGUUGCCGCAACAACCGCAGCUCUAGGGGUACCUUCACCUUCUUGCGUUCCAAAAGAUGCAAGAAAAGGUGACAUGGAAGAAAAGGUGACAUGGAAGAACCUGACAUCAGAGGGAGGAGAUACGCCAACUUCAUCUAAUGUUAAUGUCCGAAAUUCAAUCAAUGAGAGCACUAUAAUAAAAGACAAUGUUGACCCAAAUCUGGUGGUGGAGAAAGAAGAUCAAACACCCCCUGAGCCAUCUGCAAAAGAAGUUCCUAGUUCUCCAUGUAAUGCAGAAGACGAUAAAAGUGAUUGCAAUGCAGAUUGUGAUUUGUCAAGUGGAAGAAAAGCCACAGAUGAGACCCAAGUGUUGCCUUCAAGUGUUGAAGACAGAGAACCUAUCUAUGAAGGAGAAGAACGGAUAUUAGAAUCAGAAAGUGGAAGAGACUACGAAAACCGUGAAGAACCAAUAUAUGAGGGCGAGGCGGUUCUAACUGAACAAGUUGUUGCCCCUAGAGAUGUUCAAAAGUCUAACAUCACACCAAGGGAAGGGGAACUGGUUAGGAAUUUCCUCAAGGCCAGUGCAAGUCAACUGACUAUCUAUGGAUUGUUUUGCUUGCAAGAAGGUCUGAAAGAGCGGGAACUGUGCGUGUUCUUUAGGAACAAUCAUUUCAAUACCAUGUUUAAGUUUGAAGGGGAGUUGUAUAUUUUGGCUACGGACCAGGGAUACUUAAACGAACCUGAUCUGGUGUGGGAAAAGCUCAAUGAGGUGAACGGAAACACAGUUUUCGUGGCUGGAAACUUUAAGGAGUUCAAGUUGGAAACUCGUGAAAAUACUGCACCAUGGGAUGAACAAAGUGUGUUGGCCAGUACAGCUGACUACCUUGCCAGCAUUGACAAACCAGCGGAAGGACAAUCAGAUUUCAACUCUGAUCUUCAAUUAGCAAUAGCUCUUCAGCAACAAGAGUUUGAGCAACAGCAGCAGCAAACACCACAGCAGCAGCAACAGCAAACACCACAGCAUCAACCAACCAUAAAUGCUGGUUCAGGAUUGAUAACAGGUCCUCAGGUCUCAAGGUACAGUGCACAACAUGCGACUUCCUCUUCUAAGCAGGAUCCCAAGUCAUCUUCUUCUAAAGACAAAUGUAUUCUGAUGUAGUAUUGUAUGGGCACAACCUUCUUGUAAAUGAUCCGACUUUUUUGGAUUUUGUUCCUUCCGAUUCACAAAUACAUCCAGUUUAAACCGUUCGGUUUUCUUCUUUGUACAUAUAUCAUUCCUUGGCAGAAAUUGUUUCCGUGGACCAGGAUUUCUUUGAUUAAAAGUAAAAUGUACCCGUUAAAUCGCA